CCCGCCACCGCCGGCACCGCUGCAGCUGCACCGCAGACACGCUCCGGCAGCGCGUCCGAGGCCGGCGUGCGCGGAGACCGGGCGGGUAGCCCGAGCGACAGCCGCAGCGCAGCUUCCACCUACCGGCCCCCUUCCCUCGGCCAGAGCCUGAGCCUAGCCCAGCAGGCUGUGCUGUGCUGAGCUGCUGGCUCCGGCAGGAAGAUGGUCGCAGUGCUGCAGUACGUGUGGCCUCUUCUCCUCUGCAGCCCCUGCCUGUUCAUCGAGAUCCCUGAGGAAUACGAGGGGCACCAUGUGAUGGAGCCACCUGUCAUCACGGAACAGUCUCCACAGCGCCUGGUCGUCUUCCCCACAGAUGACAUCAGCCUCAAGUGUGAGGCCAGCGGCAAACCUGAAGUGCAGUUCCGCUGGACAAAGGAUGGCAUCCACUUCCAACCCAAGGAGGAGCUGGGCGUGACUGUGCAGCAGCUGCCCCACUCUGGCUCCUUCACCAUCACGGGCAACAACAGCAACUUUGCCCAGAGAUUCCAGGGCAUCUAUCGCUGCUUUGCCAGCAAUAAGCUGGGCACUGCCAUGUCCCACAAAAUCCAGCUCAUGGCUGAGGGUGCCCCCAAGUGGCCAAAGGAGACCGUGAAGCCUGUGGAGGUGGAGGAAGGGGAGUCUGUAAUCCUGCCUUGCCACCCUCCACCCAGUGCAGAGCCGCUCCGGAUCUACUGGAUGAACAGCAAGAUCUUGCACAUCAAACAAGAUGAGCGUGUAACAAUGGGUCAGAAUGGCAACCUCUACUUUGCCAACGUGAUCACCUCAGACAACCACUCAGACUACAUCUGCCACGCCCACUUCCCUGGAACCCGGACCAUCAUACAGAAGGAGCCCAUCGACCUCCGGGUCAAGGCCACCAACAGCAUGAUUGACAGGAAGCCACGCCUGCUCUUCCCCACCAACUCCAGCAGCCACCUGGUGGCCUUGCAGGGCGAGCCAUUAGUCUUGGAAUGCAUCGCCGAGGGCUUCCCCACACCUACCAUCAAGUGGCUGCGUCCUAGUGGCCCCAUGCCAGCUGACCGAGUCACCUACCAGAACCACAACAAGACCCUACAGCUGCUGAAUGUGGGUGAGGAAGACGAUGGCGAGUAUCGCUGCCUGGCCGAGAACUCACUGGGCAGUGCCCGGCAUGCCUACUACAUCACUGUGGAGGCGGCCCCGUACUGGCUGCACAAGCCCCAGAGCCACUUGUAUGGCCCAGGAGAGACUGCCCGGCUAGACUGUCAAGUGCAGGGCCGGCCCCAACCAGAAGUCACCUGGAGAAUCAAUGGGAUCCCUGUGGAGGAGCUGCCCAAGGACCAGAAGUACCAGAUCCAGCGUGGUGCCCUGAUCCUGAGCAACGUGCAGCCCAGUGACACCAUGGUGACACAGUGCGAGGCCCACAACCGGCAUGGAGUCCUGCUGGCCAAUGCCUAUAUCUAUGUUGUCCAGCUGCCUGCCAAGAUCCUGACUGGAGACAACCAGACAUACAUGGCCGUUGAGGGCAGCACCGCCUACCUUCUGUGCAAGGCCUUUGGAGCCCCGGUGCCCAGUGUCCAAUGGCUGGGAGAAGAAGGGAUGACGGUGCUUCAGGAUGAACGCUUCUUCCCCUAUGCUAAUGGGACCCUCGGCAUCCGAGACCUCCAGGCCAAUGACACAGGACGCUACUUCUGCCAGGCUGCCAAUGACCAAAACAAUGUGACCAUUGUAGCUAACCUGCAGGUUAAAGAUGCAACUCGGAUCAUACAGGGGCCCCGGAGUGCAAUCGAGAAGAAAGGCUCAAGGGUGACAUUCACAUGCCAGGCCUCCUUUGACCCUUCCUUGCAGCCCAGCAUCACCUGGCGUGGGGAUGGUGGAGACCUCCACGAGCUUGGGGACAGUGACAAGUACUUCAUAGAGGAUGGGCGCCUAGUCAUUCACAGCCUGGACUACAGUGACCAGGGAAACUACAGCUGUGUGGCCAGCACUGAGCUGGACAUGGUGGAGAGCAGGGCACAGCUCUUGGUGGUGGGGAGCCCUGGGCUGGUGCCCCAGCUUAAGCUGUCUGACCUCCACCUGCUGAAGCAGAGCCAGGUGCGCCUGUCCUGGAGCCCCGCAGAAGACCACAAUGCCCCCAUCGAGAAAUAUGACAUUGAAUUUGAGGACAAGGAAAUGGCACCUGAGAAAUGGUACAGUCUGGGCAAGGUGCCAGGAAACCAGACCUCUGCUACUCUUAAGCUGUCGCCCUAUGUGCACUACACAUUUAGAGUAACUGCCAUCAACAAAUAUGGCCCGGGGGAGCCUAGCUCAGCCUCUGAGACUGUGGUCACACCUGAGGCAGCCCCAGAGAAGAACCCUGUGGACGUGAAGGGGGAAGGGAAUGAGACCAACAACAUGGUGAUCACGUGGAAGCCACUCCGUUGGAUGGAUUGGAAUGCACCCCAGGUUCAGUACCGCGUGCAAUGGCGCCCUCAGGGGACUCGGGGCAUCUGGCAGGAACAGAUUGUGAGCAACCCGUUCCUGGUGGUGUCCAACACGUCCACCUUUGUGCCCUAUGAGAUCAAAGUUCAGGCAGUCAACAGCCAGGGCAAGGGCCCGGAGCCCCAGGUCACCAUUGGCUACUCUGGGGAAGACUACCCCCAGGCGAGCCCUGAGCUAGAAGGCAUCCAGAUCCUCAACUCGAGCACUGUGCUGGUCAGGUGGUGGCCUGUGGACCUGGCCCAGGUCAAGGGCCACCUCCGGGGAUACAGUGUGACAUACUGGUGGGAGCGCAGUCAGAGGAAGCACAGCAAGAGACACGUCCACAAGGGCCAUGUGAUAGUGCCUGCCAACACCACCAGUGUCAUCCUCAGUGGUCUGCGGCCCUACAGCUCCUACCACCUGGAGGUGAAGGCCUUUAACGGGCGAGGGCCAGGGCCUGCCCUCGAGUUAACCUUCAGCACCCCGGAGGGAGUGCCGGGCCACCCUGAGGCAUUGCACCUGGAGUGCCAGUCGAACACCAGCCUGCUGCUGCACUGGCAGCCCCCACUCAGCCACAACGGCGUUCUCACCGGCUACGUGCUCUCCUACCACCCCUUGGAUGAGGGGGGCAAGGAGCAGCUGUCCUUCGACCUUCCGGACCCUGAGCUUCGAACUCACAACCUGACCAAUCUCAGCCCCUACCUGCGAUACCGCUUCCAGCUUCAGGCCACCACGAAGGAGGGCCCUGGCGAGGCCAUUGUGCGGGAAGGAGGCACUAUGGCCUUGUCUGGCAUCCAGGAUUUCGGCAACAUCUCGGCCAUGGCAGGUGAAAAUUACAGCGUCGUCUCCUGGGUUCCCAAGGAGGGGCAGUGCAAUUUCGGGUUCCACAUCUGGUUCAAAGCCUUGGGAGAUGAGAAGGCAGGUGCCUACCUCUUGCCACAGUAUGUCAGCUAUAACCAGAGCUCCUACACGCAAUGGGACCUGCAGCCCGACACCGACUACGAGAUCCACCUGCUGAAAGAGAGGACGCUGCUGCACCAAAUGGCCGUGAAGACCAAUGGCACAGGCCGUGUAAGACUGCCCACUGCUGGCUUCACCACUGAGGGCUGGUUCAUUGGCUUUGUCAGCGCCAUGGUCCUGGUGCUGCUGCUCCUGCUCACCCUCUGCUUCAUCAAGCGCAGCAAGGGUGGCAAGUACUCAGUGUGGUGUGGUAGGGGCAGGCUGGGGCCCCUUCAGAGCACAGAGGACCUGAAGUCCAGGCACAAGCCAGAACAGGGAGGAAGCUGGCCUGUCUGUGUGUCUGCAGUGAAGGAUAAGGAGGACACCCAGGUGGACUCUGAGGCCCGACCCAUGAAAGACGAGACCUUUGGCGAGUACAGGUCCCUGGAGAGUGACAAUGAGGAGAAGGCCUUUGGCAGUAGCCAGCCGUCUCUCAAUGGAGACAUCAAACCUCUGGGUAGUGAUGACAGCCUGGCUGAUUACGGGGGCAGCGUGGACGUGCAGUUCAACGAGGAUGGCUCCUUCAUCGGCCAAUACAGUGGCAAGAAGGAGAAGGAGGCAGCAGGGGGCAAUGACAGCUCAGGGGCCACCUCUCCCAUCAACCCUGCCGUGGCCCUAGAAUAGUGGGGUCCAGCCAGGCGAGGCGGGGCCCUUGCUGUGUCCCUAACCUGGGGAUCAAGGCCCUCCCUCUCUCCACCAGGCCUGUGGGAAGCCUGACUUGGAGCAGAGGAGAGGCCCCUUCUUACCACCUGGUCCCCACUUUAUUGCCAAAACCCAGCUGCACCCCUUCCUGGGCACAUGUUACUUUGCUCCAGCUCAGGGGCAGGUCACCUACAUGUCAGGGGCCUCUAGGUGCUGUCCUGCCAGCCUAUUUGGGCAGAGAAGCCGUAGUUUGGGGGAGUGGAGGUGGGGUUGCCCUGGCCAGGUCUCCGAGAUGGUGUCCUUCUUGAUUUCUGCCUGGGGCAGACAUGGUGGGGUCCAAAGUUGGCACAUCCCCCACCCCAGCCAGUCCCUGGCCAGCCCAGCUGAGACUGUGGACAGAACUCGGUGUCUUUACCAUCUGCUCCCUUUUCUCUGCCAUCUCUGCUCCAACCAGGAUGAGGGCUAGGCUGAACAAGCUGGCUGCAGGUGCUGGGGAAGCCAUUUGGAGAAGCCAGAGUCCCUGCCCCCAAUCACACUAGGUCAGCACCCCUCCUCCCGCUGCUCACCCAACCCCGUGGCUGACUUUCAGGAGCUCCACACGCUGCCUUUGGUACCCACCAGACAACAUCCAAGUGGCCUCUGUCACUGCUGGGGUGCAGGGUGGGCACCCCUCCUAUUGCCCACCAGCCAGCCCCUCCCAGCUGCCACCCCCAACCCCUUAGCAGCGCUGCCCACCCUGCUGUGUUGUCUGAACAGUUUUCUUCAUCAGCCUCCUCCCAAACCCCACCUUGGGAAUGUAAAUACACCGUGACUUUGAGAGUUUGUACCCUUGCCCUUACCCCAUAUGCCACUAGUGUGUAGGCAGAUGUCUGAGUCUCUAGGUGAUUUCUAGGUUUUAUAGCAAUUAGCUUUGAUGAACCCAUCCCAGGAAAAAUAAAAACAGACAAAAAAAAGGAAACCUUGGUUCCCCCAGCACUGCUGUACCCUGCCCAGCAGUUUGGGCUCCCCAUAUGCCUUUGCUUGGUCUGUCAAUGAGCCCUCUUCAAAAAACAAAAGUAUAUAUAUAUAUAUGUACAUAAAUAUCAGAAUUAUAACAGGUAAAUAAAACCUGGAAAGGAAGGUGGCCUUUCUUCAUUGUGCUGUGCACUAUGUCCACCAUCCUUGCCCCACACUGCAAGGGAUUGCUAGGGCCAGCAUCAGCAGCCCUUCCAUGCACGGGAGCCCUUGAGACCACCAGCCCCACAGCUCUGAGCCUUCCCUUGCCCUCCCAGAGGGCACACAUC